UUUUUUUUUUUUUUGGCGUUAUCUUAUCUACAUUAAUCAAUUCCGUUCCGUUUUCUGUUCCGCGUUUUAGCAACACCCCUUUUGACUGCCAAGGUUCAGCCUAAUUACCGAUAAUAGCUUAACAAAGUGUAGGUGCUUUGUACUAACUUUCUUUUAAGUUUUUUUUUUUUACGUUUUAGCACUUGUGCAUAAGUUGAUGUAAGUGGACAAAAGUGACAGAACAAUCCCAGAAAGCGUGAAACUGAACCCAAGCACCGGGUUCUUCUAAAGUGGUGGUCUUUUGAAUUAAUGGCCUCUAGUUUUACCUAGUCUUGGAAUCCGGUGGGAAUGGUCACUUUCUGAGCAAUUUGGAACAGUUCCAUUAAUUCAGCGAGUUUUAAAAUAAAUUUAGCUUGAAAAUGAUAAGUCUAACAAACUAACUUCUUUCAUCCAUUUUGCGGUUCUCUUUUCCAGUUUGUGGUAAAUCCUACCCUAAACUGUGCUUUGAUUAUCAGGGUAGCGUGUUGGUCCUCGACAUUCUUUCACCACUCUUGUCCUGCAAGUUUACUCUUCAUCAAACCACAAGUGCCAUCUCCAUGUCAUCUGUAAAUCCGUUAAAUCCAGAUAUUGUUUUAGAGACAACCCACCGCAGUUUACAAACAGUAUUCUAACUUCGGAAUUUAUAUUUUGUAUUUCUCAAGGAGUGUGGGAAAGUUCUGAAUGUGGCAUCAUGACUAAAAAUAACUCCUCCAAGAGCUGAAACUUGAUACCCCAUAAAUAAUCGAGAUUUCUAUCGCUCUUAAUUUGUUGCAUUUACAUGUACGUAGAUUUGUAUAUUUUUCCUGCACCAGUGUGUAAGAGACUUGCGGGCGGUCGCGGAAAUCAACACCCCGUCCUGAUACACUGCAGCAAGGACUAGCUAAGUGAUAGCGAGAUGACAGAACGGUCAAAAUCACUGUAAGGUGCAACGGAAUACAUAAAUCGUUUAGGGGUAUUAUAUAUUUGGACUUUGUAAACAUAGGAGCCAUUUUGAAUUGGUGAAACUGCAAGAGACAGAGGGAAGAGACAAAGAGCUCAAUAACCUGCUGGUGUCAAUCAUCGCUUGUGGGCGGGGCGUACUGUGUUGGCAAGAUCGAGGCUACGGAGAAGGAACUCAAUAACCAUAGAAUAUUGGCAAGAGAAAAUCAAGAAAGAUGAGGUUGCGGAGGCCGUAUAGAGUUUUAGUGAUUUGGAUUGCAAACAUAUCUAUUCUUAUUUCACAGGUGAAUACGACAGGAAUAUUUGAAUUAAACUUAAAGAGAUUUGAGAAUGAGAAUGGAGUGAAUUCUGACGGGAACUGUUGCGCCGGGGUCCGGUCCGGAAGCAGGUGCUCGUCCUGGUGUCGGACCUUUUUCCGGGUCUGUCUUACUCACUACCAAGCUACCAUUACCGACGAUGUCCAUUGUAGCUUUGCGGAGAUCUUCACCCCAGUGCUGACUUAUGGCAACAACUCGGUGGACUUCUCCAACCUCCCUGUUAAGUUUGACAUCCCAAUCAAGUUUCAAUUCCAAUUUGCUUGGCCGGGAACUUUCACGUUGAUCAUAGAAGCUUGGCACGACAGCACUAACCAGGGACCGACCACGGGCAGUGCACGAGAGCUGAUCUACCGUCUAUCUGCACAGAGGUCCGUAGAAGUGGGGUCGUCAUGGCAACAGUUUACACGUACGGAAAACAUCAUGACGUUGGAGUACGCGUACAAAGUGGAGUGUGACGAAUACUACUAUGGACCGGGAUGCGUCAAUUUCUGCCGUCCCAGAGACGACCAAUUCGGCCACUACGUUUGUGACGAAAAUGGGGAUAAAGUCUGUAUGCAAGGGUGGAAAGGCGACUACUGCGAGCAAGCUGUGUGUUUGCCUGGUUGCCACCCCGAUCACGGGAUCUGUGACAAACCCAACGAGUGCAUAUGUAGGGCGGGAUACGAGGGUAUCUUCUGUGACACAUGUAUUCGGUACCCAGCAUGUCUGCACGGCACGUGCACGGAACCGUGGCAGUGUAAUUGUAUGGAGGGCUGGGGAGGACUCUUCUGUAACCAAGAUUUGAACUACUGCACUCACCAUACUCCCUGUAAAAAUGGUGGAAUCUGUAAAAACACUGGUCAGGGGAGCUAUACAUGUGAUUGCCCUAGUGGAUUUAUGGGGACAACAUGUGAAGUGGAGGUCAAUAACUGCAAACAACAACCAUGUGCCAAUGGAGGGAUAUGUAAGACUGAAGGUGAAGGAUUUAUGUGCGACUGCCCUGAAGGUUUCACUGGUAGACGAUGUGACAUUGUUGGUAGUUCCUGCGAAACCAAUCCUUGUUUAAAUAAUGGAACAUGCAUUGAAGUGAAUGGUUUAUACCAAUGCAAGUGCAUGGAAGGCUUCACUGGAUUUUAUUGUGAUGUGGAACGCAAUGAAUGUGUCUCGCGUCCAUGUCAAAAUGGUGGCCGCUGCAUCGAUGAAGUGAAUGGAUUUCGUUGCAUUUGUACUGCAGAGUACAAGGGGCCAACAUGUUCUGAAAACAUUGAUAACUGUGUGAAUAAUCCCUGUUACAAUAAUGGUACAUGCAUUGACGGGGACAAUGACUUUACGUGUAAGUGCCGACCAGGAUUUGUUGGACAGUUGUGUCAGGAGAAUGUCCCAGAUUGUGAUGGACAUCCAUGCGCUAACGGUGGGACUUGCCAUGAUGAAGUGAAUGACUUUCGAUGUACAUGUGAUGUAGGUUGGGAAGGAAAAGACUGCUCAAUUAACAUUAACGAAUGUAAUAGCAACCCUUGUCACAAUGGAGGAGCAUGUACUGACUAUGUAGGAUACUAUGAAUGCCUGUGUAUUUCCGGAUUUUAUGGACUCAACUGUCAGUAUCCAAAUGGACAAGUGUCUGCUACUUCACAACCCCCAAAGAUCCAGCCAGCAGUGAACUCCUCAGCACUUGCAUCACAAGAAAAGUCUGAGGAUAUCACAAUGGUCCAACUGGUUCUUAUAGUCUGCUUGGGAGCAGGAAUUCCUCUCCUCCUCAUAAUCGUUGUUGUCAUCUACUUAUUACUGCGCAAACGCAACACCACAGCUGAGAGGCUGGACACCAGCAAAGAGCACCAGCAAAAUGUGGUAAACAAUAUCAACAAUAAACUGUCGGAAUCAACCAUCUUCACAACAUCAUCGACAAUCAGUAGCAAAUUAACCAAUGAGAAACAGAAUGACUUUAAUAAUUACAGUGCAUCAGGAGGUCACAUGACAGCUGAUAAAUCUAGUAAUAAAAUUUUAUUAAAUACAAAAGACUUAAACCUUCACCAUGAACAAUUUUCAAAAUCUCCGCCAUCAUCAUCAGCGGAAAAGUAUAAUUAUGAUCCUGAUGCUGCUCGGGGUGGAGGCACCAGCAGUUUAAUGAACUCAACUAAUGAAAAUAGUAGUAAUUGUUACGACCACAAUGUCACUAUUCACACAAUAGGAAAGUCUAAAGCCUUUCAGAGGGACACAGACCGAAAUUCUACACUUUUUCUCGAUCAUCCAUCAGUGCAUCGACAUUCAUUUCUGGCCACGGAAGUCUGACAUUGCCCUUGACUUCUCUGUAUUUGACCAAUAUUAUUUGCAAUACAUCAUAUCACAUGAUGUGCUCGCACACAGCGCACAAAAACACUGUGCUUCAUUGGAUUAUUUUAACAAGUGCCUUUAGUAUUUCUACCGCCACAAAUACAGGCUGUUACUAAGGAACUUGUCUCCAAGACAAUUGGUAUUGUACACUGAUAAUCAUUCUGUCAAUUAAUUUCAACAUUUGGCUGCAGUCUGUUUUGCUGUUUAAUGCAAUGCUUGGGCAUACUUUAUGUUUGCUUUCCCGACAGAGGUGUUCAUAUUUGUCACCUUAUGCUGGUUCGGCCAACGCAGUACGUCUGCUGCAAGGAGUUAAAUUAAUGACCAAAAUAUGGGGGGGGGGAUGAGUGCAGGCACUGCCAUGUGAUAUUUAGUCCCUCCAUGUUUGACCUUGUUAUAAUGACCUUGAAUGAGAGGAGUGCUUGUACGUUUGUCUGUUAAACAGAAAUCUAUUAUAAUGAGUGUUACUUUUGAUUGCAAGCUAAUAUGUGUGCAUUGUUGUGUUACCAUGUUUUGCCAAUGCUUCAAGUAAUGUUACAGAUUUUGUACACUAUUGUCUUUAGUCAAAAUGUAGUUACUAUGAAAUGUGCAUAAUAUAUAUAGUGGUAAAACAAUGUAUGUAAUGUUACCAGUAAUUUAUUUGUCUCAAACAGUAUUUGUCUCUUCCAGUCCAGUUAACCAUGCGAAAUUUAUAUAGGGCAUUUUUGUAUGAGCUUUAUACCGAAAUUAUUUUGUGUCCAAAUUCUUUUUAAUCUUCUGAAACCUAGGCUUAAUCAUUCUAUGUUGAUCAAUCUUUCUUUUGUAAGAAAAUGAACAAAUCAGUCUUUAGACUUCCUGAAGCCUCACCUACCAUUCCACCCGGGCCAAGCCCGCAGUCGACAACAUUGUAUGCACAUCUUGUCAAUUUGUUUUCGUAACUCAAUUGAUAACAAAAAAUGUUAACAUCGUAGGUUUUUUUAUACGGUAUAUUUUGUUACUGAAAAAAGUGCUUAACAAGCAUUCCACUAUCAUUUUGUCAUACCUUACAGGUGUUUUUUUUUUGUUUUAUUUUAUCACAGAAAACAAAUUUUUCACAUCAUUUUGAGAAAGAAAAACUACAUCUUUGACCGUCAUGCUGUCACUUGGCUCGUCCAAUCAUGUCUCAUGAAAAUAUGCCUCCUUGUCUGUGAUUGGUUUAAUGUACAUAUAAUGUAUAUUUAUAGAAAAAAAAUGUUCGGUUGUACAUAUUUGUUAUGACAUUAUUAUAUUAUUAAUUUUCAUGAAAACAUCAAUUAAAAAAGUCACAAAUAUUUUUUUCCAAA